CGACACAGAUCCUUCUCGCAGACAACCUUCAUGGGUUCCCAGGAGAAUUCUUCUUGCCCCAAGGCUCUUGGAACCUGGGACCUGGAGACUCUGGACAGUUCUAGCCCGGACUCUGCCAGCCACCUGGAAGAGCAGUGGCCGAAACCCUCCCCGAGCCUGAAUGAUGAGGAUAGCAUGGAUGUUGUACUGGAAGACUCCAGGGAGAUACGGUCCUUAGCCUCACCUCCACCAGGCAGAGAGAUCAUCAGGUAUGAAGUCACUGUGAACCGACGGAACAUCGAAGACAUCUGCCUCUGUUGUGGAAGUCUCCAGGUGCAUACGCAGCACCCCUUAUUUGAGGGGGGCAUAUGUGCCUCGUGUAAGGACACGUUCCUGGAGACCAUCUUCCUGUAUGAUGAGGAUGGGCAUCAGAGCUACUGCUCCAUCUGCUGCUCAGGGCACACCUUGUUCAUCUGUGAGAGCCCCGACUGUACCAGAUGUUACUGUUUUGAGUGUGUGGAUAUCCUGGUGGGCCCCGGGACUUCAGAGCGAAUCAACGCCAUGGCGUGCUGGGUUUGCUUCCUGUGCCUGCCUUUCACUCGGAGCGGGCUGCUGCAGAGGCGAAAGAGGUGGCGUCACCAGCUGAAGGCCUUCCAUGAUCUAGAGGGGGCAAGCCCUCUGGAGAUGUAUAAGCCAGUGUCUGCUUGGAAGAGACAGCCAGUGCAGGUACUGAGCCUCUUUGGGAAUAUUGAGAAAGAGCUAGAGAGUUUGGGCUUUCUGGAAAGAGGUUCUGGUUCUGAAGGAGGAAGGCUGAAGUACUUGGAAGAUGUCACGAAUGUUGUGAGGAGAGAUGUGGAGAGAUGGGGCCCCUUUGACCUCGUGUAUGGCUCAACACAGCCUCUAGGUCGCUCUUGUGACCGCUGCCCUGGCUGGUACAUGUUCCAGUUCCACCGGAUCCUGCAGUAUGCUCGCCCACACCCAGGGAGUCAGCGGCCUUUCUUCUGGCUGUUUGUGGACAGUCUGCUGCUGACUGAGGAUGACCAAGUCACCACAACCCGCUUCCUCCAGAUGGAGCCUGUGACCCUCCAGAAUAUUCGCGGCAGAGUCCUCCAGAAUGCUGUGCGGGUGUGGAGCAACAUCCCAGGGUUGAAGAGCAAACACUUGGCCCUGACGCCAAAGGAGCAACAGUCCUUGGAAGGCCAAGUCAGAACCAGAGCCAAGAUGGCCUCCCAGAAAGACGACCCCCUGGUGAAGAACUGCCUUCUCCCCCUGAGAGAGUAUUUCAAGUAUUUUUCUCAGAACCCACUUCCUCUUUACAAAUGAAUCAUGAUACAAUGAAAGAAGAGGUUUUCCUAGAACCACAGCAGCCUUCCUCCUAUGGCCUUUUCUCUGGGCAGGUUGUUUUUUUCUGCUUGCUUGCCUGUUUCUCCUGUUCAGUUCCCACGAUGCCUCCCACGCAGCCCACUGUGGGGAUGGGAGGCUCCCACUUCUGUGGACAAGAUCCUGGUGGGAUAGCCCGCCAUGUAUCUCCAAAAAAGUGUGUGUGUGUGUACCUGUUGUGAAGUUUUUUCAAAUAUAGGCUUGUUACUGGUGGAGUUUUGGUGUGGUGUGUGAGAGUGAGGCCUUUAUUCUGCCACAGAAUAAAUGUCACAGUGGUAAGACAAUGCAUGCCUGAUGUCCUGCCGUGGUCAUAUAGCACCUUCAUCACCUGCCAUUUGCUUUGAUGGCUGAAAUCACUCACCCUCCUGUUGCUACCCAAAGUGACCCAAACCAUCGCUUAAAGCUCACAUCUAGUGAGCCAACCAUUCGAUUUCUGGGUCCUCCUAACACAGUGGGAACUUGCAGAAGUGGGUUCCCAACAGCUCUCGGCUGUUGGUGUUCCGAUGAGGCUGAAUCCACUGGGAAAUGUGGACUGGCCAGUUUGUGAAAUGUGUGGUGAAUCCUGAUUGGCUGGAACCAUUCCCCCACAUACCCCGGAUGUAGACUUCAGACGCCGAAGAGACUCAAACUGCCUGAGCACUGCAGCUGGGCUCAGGACCCACCGGGUCCGUACUGGCACUGUCCUUGCUCUGGGCAGUGCUCUGAAAGGAGACUGGACCGGUGUUGGACGCUGAAGUAGGAGAGGAGCUGUCUUGGGUCAGUAGAUAGGACAUCUCCAUGUCUCGGGCAAUUCUGGGGCCAGUAAGGUGGUUCGGUUCAAGGAUACAGAUGCUUGCUCCCAAGCCUAAUGACAUGAGUUCGAGUCUCAAGACCCCACUCCUGUAAGUCAUCUUCUGUGGCCUGUGUGUAUGUGAGCACAGGUUACAGGAAUUCCUGCUUAGGCCAGGGGUCUACCCACCCAGGUCACCUGAUCAAGCAGUAGAAGCAGAAAGCAUAAAUCCAUGACCACUACCAACCAGAUAAAUGUGGCAAGAGCUCUGGAGAGAAUGUCAGCCACUCCUACCCAAGCUUACAGUACCAUGGAUCUCCACAAAUUCAUGCUUUUUUUAAAUUUACUU